UAAUUGUGAAUUGUUUUAUUUUUAAACGUCAACUAUCGAGUGCUUUAAUUUAAAAUGAUGGAAGUUUUAAAUUAUCUUGAUGGAGAAAUCAAAACCUCUUUUGAAUUACUACCUGAUGAAAUGGUGGUGUAUGUUUUGAGUUUUGUGGAUACAGACACUCUUCUGAAUUGUAGACUUGUUUCUAAAAGAUGGCUAGACCUCAUAGAAGCAUAUGUGUUCCAAGAAAAGGCAUCACGAGAAAAUGAGUAUGUGAAUAAUGGUAAUGGAUAUUUCAGUUUCUCAGAAAUUGAUACGAAUACUGUGAGAAAACUUGAUUUGCCUUGGUAUAUAUUUUAUGUGAUAUGCAAACAUGAUCCAUUCAACAGAAAUUUAGUAAAAAAUCCCUGUGGACAUGAAGGACUCAAAUACUGGGUUUCAACUAGUUAUCAUAACAUGUGGAUUGUUGAAAAAUCACCAGAAGGUGCUUCUCCAUUGCCUAAUGAUCCAGAUUUUGAUGGACAUACGAGUUGUUUUGUGUCUACAUAUCGUCAGUGUUCUAAACAACAAAAAAUCAUAUUUAAAGAUUAUGGUUUGAACAGCACUGUAAUGAAAUAUCUUAAUCCAGAAAUUUUUGUUAGUGAAUGGUAUUCUGGUCGUUUUGACUGUGGUUGUAAAUAUACAUUAAAAGCAGCUAUUCAUGAUAGUAAUGGUAAAUUAAUAGAACAACACAAUUAUAAUGAUGUUUUACCACAAUGGGAAGCAAAUAUUUGGACCAAGGCAUCACAUUCCUUUAAAAAUCAAAGUGAUGCAAAUCACUUGAUUUUAUAUCAUUCUGGAGUAGAUACACAAUUUUGGGCUGGUCACUAUGGUACUAAAAUAUCGGGUUCUGUAGUAAAAGUUAUACUGCCUAUAAGAUUCAAAUGUGCUGAGAAAUAAAUUUAUUAUUUAUAUUUUUCUUACAAAUGAUAAUAAAUUACACAUU